UGUUGCCUUCGAUUGUUUCUCUCUCUUCAUCUAAGACAACUUCAAGCUUCCAUUUUUAUGCUACCCAUUUGAACCCCACAAAAGCCAAAUAAUUUUUUCAACACUGAAAACAUUCUAGAAUAUUUUUUCUAGAUGCUUGAGGUAGAACAACCCAAAAGGAGAUGAAGUAGAGAUCUAACAAGUUGGUAGUAGAUACUUCGGUUAAAAGAACUUCACUUUGUUCAUGUUGUCAUUUCAUUUUCAUUUUCUCUCUCCUUCAUUUUCUGUCCUCUUAAUGAGAAUGCUCCAUGUUGGUGAAAGUCGUGAUGUUUUGUUUCUCAUUGGACCGACAUUUUACAAAAACCUCAAACAUUGUAGCUGAUGAAAUAACAUCUCAAAAUCGCAUCCUAAUUGAUUACUAAUGUCUGUAGAGUAAUCACAUUGUUUCGAGCAUGAGAAUACAUCAUCAAAUUCAUCUUUCUCAUGCUCUAUUCUGCACCAUUCUCUGUUUGCUUUGGUCUAUUACCACUGUCUCACCAAUAACUGAGAAAGAGAUUUUACUUCAAUUCAAGGGUAACAUCACAGAAGAUCCAUACAACAGUUUGAGUUCAUGGGUUUCUAGUGAAGACCCAUGUCAAGGUUUCAAAGGUAUUUUCUGUAACUCUGAAGGGUUUGUUGAAAGAAUCGUGCUUUGGAACACAAGCUUGGGUGGAGUGUUGUCACCAUCACUCUCUGGUUUGAAGAGGUUGAGGAUAUUGACAUUGUUUGGGAAUCGAUUCUCAGGUAAUAUUCCAGAAGGUUAUGCUGAUCUUCACUCCUUGUGGAAGAUCAAUUUCAGCUCCAAUGCUUUAACUGGUUCGAUUCCUGAAUUCAUUGGUGAUUUGCUUAACAUUCGGUUUCUAGAUUUGUCAAAGAAUGGUUUCAAUGGAGAGAUACCUUCUGCUUUGUUUAGGUACUGUUAUAAAACCAAGUUUGUUUCCCUUUCUCAUAACAAUCUUGUUGGUUCAAUUCCUGUAUCUUUAGUGAAUUGUUCCAAUCUUGAAGGCUUUGAUUUUUCUUUCAAUAAUCUAAGUGGUUUUGUCCCUUCUAGAAUAUGUGACAUUUCCAUGUUAUCAUAUGUAUCAUUGAGAAGCAAUGCCUUAUCAGGUAGUGUGAGAGAGCAAAUUUCUGCAUGCAAGAGUCUAAUGCAUUUGGAUUUUGGUAGUAAUAGGUUUACUGAUUUGGCUCCAUUCAGCAUCCUUGGAAUGCAAAAUCUUACUUAUUUUAAUAUAUCCUAUAAUGGGUUUGAAGGAAAAAUUCCGGAUAUCACUGUAUGUAGUGAGAGAUUAGAGAUCUUUGAUGCUUCAGGGAAUGAUUUGGAUGGGGAGAUUCCCUCCAGCAUAACUAGAUGCAAGAAUCUUAAGCUCUUGUCAUUGGAGUUGAAUAGGUUGAAAGGGAGUAUCCCAGUUGAUAUUCGGGAAUUGCGAGGACUAUUGGUUAUCAAAUUGGGUAUUAACUUGAUAGGAGGAAUGAUUCCCAAGGGGUUUGGCGACAUUGAGCUGCUUGAAUUGCUGGAUUUGCACAACCUAAACCUUGUUGGUGAAAUUCCGGACGAUAUAACUAAUUGCAAGUUUCUUCUUGAGCUGGAUGUGUCUGGUAAUAACUUAGAGGGUGAGGUUCCGCUGGCUAUUUACAAUAUGACAAAUCUGGAAGCCCUUGACCUACAUCAUAACCAGCUUAAGGGAAGCAUCCCAUCAAGCUUAGGAAAUCUAUCGAGGAUCCAAUACUUAGAUCUAUCGCAUAAUUUGUUUUCUGGUUCAAUCCCUGCUUCCCUUGGAGAUUUAAAAAGUUUGAAACAUUUUAAUCUCUCAUUCAACAAUCUCUCUGGUGUCAUUCCUGAUAUUGCAACCAUACAGCAUUUUGGUGCACCUGCAUUUUCCAAUAAUCCUUUUCUCUGUGGUGCUCCUUUGGACACUCCUUGCUCAGAAAAUGGAACUAGAUUGUCACCUUCGCCUCCUGGGAAAACUAAACUUCUCACCGUCUCUGCAAUUGUUGCCAUUGUUGCUGCAGCUGUUAUUCUUGCCGGGGUUUGUUUGGUUACCAUCGUGAGUAUUAGGGCCCGGCGUAGAAAAAGAGACGAUGAUCAGAUUAUGAUUGUUGAGAGUACCCCUCUAGGAUCAACAGAAUCAAAUGUUAUAAUUGGAAAGCUGGUUCUCUUCAGCAAAAGUUUGCCAUCAAAAUAUGAAGAUUGGGAGGCAGGCACAAAAGCAUUGCUUGACAAAGAGUCUUUGAUAGGUGGCGGAUCAAUCGGUACAGUCUACAGAACCGACUUUGAAGGUGGCAUCUCAAUUGCAGUGAAGAAGCUUGAGACUUUGGGAAGGAUCAGAAAUCAAGAGGAAUUUGAACACGAAAUUGGGCGACUAGGCAACAUUCGACACCAUAAUUUAGUUACCUUUCAAGGUUACUACUGGUCCUCUUCAAUGCAGUUGAUUUUAUCAGAGUUUGUUUCAAAUGGGAAUCUCUAUGAUAAUCUACAUGGGCUUGGCUAUCCCGGAACCAGCACCAGUAGAGGCAAUAGGAAAUUAGAUUGGUCUAGAAGGUUCCAAAUUGCGCUCGGAACUGCAAGAGCCCUUGCAUAUCUCCACCACGACUGUAGACCUCCAAUCCUUCACCUCAACCUUAAAUCCUCUAACAUACUCUUAGACGACAAGUACGAAGCCAAGUUAUCUGAUUAUGGAUUAGGAAAGUUGCUACCAAUUUUGGAUAAUUACGGUCUGACCAAGUUCCACAAUGCUGUUGGGUAUGUUGCGCCAGAGUUGGCUCAAAGCUUUAGGCAGAGUGAAAAGUGUGAUGUUUACAGUUUUGGGGUCAUUCUUUUGGAGCUUGUUACAGGGAGAAAGCCUGUGGAAAGUCCAACCACAAAUGAGGUUGUGGUUUUGUGUGAAUAUGUAAGAGGUUUGUUGGAGACUGGCUCGGCUUCAAAUUGCUUUGACAGGAAUUUACUUGGCUUUGCUGAGAAUGAAUUAAUUCAGGUUAUGAAAUUGGGGCUAAUUUGUACUUCAGAGGAUCCUUUAAGGAGACCAAGCAUGGCUGAGAUUGUUCAGGUUCUUGAGUCCAUCAGAAAUGGAUUGGAAUCUCAUUAACUCAGAAUUAGAUUAUUGCUUAAUUAUCAAAUUCUUUCCAGGAAGUUAGUAUCAGAUAGAGCAUACAUGGAAGAAAACCCAGAUAGACUCUGGUUACUAGAGGGGGAAGGAGAGGAUGAAAAUUCUUUAGCAUUCAUUUUUGUAUUACCAUUUUUUUAUAUAAAAUUUGUAACAUUACAAUAAAAUGCAUUUGUUUAUUCCAUUGUUUCAAUUGUUUUUAAGGG